AUAAAUGAUUGGGAGACUGAAACUGAUCUCAAGGAUAAAACGAUCCGAGUUUUCUUGAGACACUUAGAUGGAAGGAAAUGGUGUUCUCCAUAUUAUCCCACGAGGUAUUCCAGCUGAGAGUAAGACAGAUCAGUCCUCACACCUUCAUACAUCCCACUGUAGCCUACUUUAAGCGCCGCAUCGAAGUUAUGUAACCUCACCGUUCAGUUAAACUGUGAUUGUUCGAUCUGCUAAUCGAAGUUGUUUAAAAGAUCAUGUGGUCAAGCGUGUGAGAAUCUACUGAAGUAGAGACGAACAACGAGGAUGUGCGGCUCCGACUGCGAGUCCAGUCACACCGAUGGGAUCCGGCUUGAGAUGCGGGGAGGAACUGGUCUCCCAUUCCUCUGCAUAAUGGGAGCCCUAUCACAGACCACGUGAGAGGGAUAUUCAGACGGUCCCCGACAGACCGACACCGGCUCAUCUCUUCUGCUACUGCUGCCUACUGACAUGGGCUCAGCUUUCCGGAGACAGGCGUGGAGGGAGGAGAGCGACUCUCUGUCUGAAUGUAACCUCUGAUCUUUCAUCACUCUUUUCUUUCUUUUCUGUUCUUUUUCUUUUCUUUUAACAGUUUUUUUGUUUUUUUCUUUUCUUUGGGUGGCGGGAGGAGUGGAGUAAAUGCUAUGGCUUGGCCGUGCAUCAGCAGAGUGUGCUGCCUGGCUCGUUUCUGGAAUCAAUUCGACAAAUCGGACCUCUCGGUCCCGCUGACCAUUCAGAACUACUCGGACAUCGCGGAGCAGGAGGUACGCUCGGUCACCAAGCAGCUCUCCGACUCGGAGAACAACUACACCACCCCUGAGCCGCGCGUCCGAGGCUCUCCUCGUGCGCCCGCAGAUGGACCCCGAGGACCCUCCAGGGCGCGGAGGGAGCCCAGCUUCAAACCCCGGGAGGACUACCACCCUCCGGGCGUGCCAUUCCCUAGCGUCACUCAGUACAAGCAGGACUUCAAACCCUGGCCCAUUCCUAGGAAAGAUAACUUCCCCUGGAUCAGUAACGGCGGCAGCAGGGGGGACGGCGCCUCGGACAGUAGCCCGGUGAAUAGUUACCACCUCCAGGCGCAGAUUGGGGAGAGGCGGGGGGACAGGUUGGAGCAGCAGGUGAUGGAGGAGAACAAGACCAGCUCCUACAGGCAAGAGUAUAGACCUUGGACAGGGGUGAAGCCGGCCAGGAGUGCGAGGAGAAACCCCACAGCUCAAUACUCCAGCCCAGGGAUGGAGGCCACCCACAUCCCACGUGAGACCAGCUAUCAGGCCGCCUACAGCGGAGAGGUCAGCAGGGCUAUGAGCGGGCAAAAGGCUGAGCUCAUCCCCCCAUCUGCUGCCUCCAACAUCCAGCCUCCGCCAGUCACUCAGCACAACCUGGCUGCCACGCGAGCCGGCAGCUCCCUCAGCCCCUCCAGCCUCCAGCAAAGCAUCCUGCCUGAGACCACCGAGCACAGUGGAACAACCAAGAGACAGGAGCAUCUUGUGAGGACCAAACUGCCCCCGAACCCAUCUGCCGUCUUUCAAAGCGGAUCGAGGGUCUUCAACAUCUGACAGCUGCUGCGACUCUUCAACCCCGGCUCGCUUUUUGGUGUGAAGGAAUGAGCGGUGGGAGUGUUUCCAGUCCAUUCCACAACACAAGAAUCUAUGCAAAGGAAUGUUGUUGUUGUGAACACUGUAGAGCAGCUGCUUAUUAUCCCAGGUAAAGAGAGAGAAACCACUCCUUUUGAUACUCCUCCAGGCUCCUUGUUCCUACAAAAUGAAGAUGCAUGUGACAGAAUAGUCUAGAAACAAACUCUUUUUUUUUCUCUUUGGUUAUAGAUGCACAAGAAACUGGCUGCUCUGUAUGUUUGUGUUUCUGCUCUUUUGUCUUUGAUGCACAGUUUGACUCCGCACCAGUAGUUCAGAAUAUGAUUUAUCAUAAGGUGUGUUUGCUUAAAGUGUGCUAUGCUGCCCUUUGAUGUCUCUAGAAAUCUGCCUGAAAAUAAUUUAUUACCUUUGCAUUCAGUUCAUGUUUGAAGAAAUUAUUGUUUAGUCAAUUUUUUUUGGGUAAAGAUCUUGUUAAAGAGAAACAGCAAUUAAAGGAUCUAAAAAGUUGAAUUACAAUAAAAAUAUUGUUAAUUAGGCUUGUUUCACUUCUCAGUCGGGUUUUGUUCAUCUCUAUGUGACCUCAUUUAAUUUAGUCACUUUAUUGAUUUAAUAGAAGGAAAGUAGGAAAUACUUGUUCCAGAUUAAGUUAAUCUGAAAAUUACCUGGACCAGGGUUAGGAAUAGGCUUACAGAUGCUGCAAUAUUUUCAUUCAGUGAAGAUUUUUCACCAAUUUAGUUGGUAAAUUUUGCAAAAAUCAGAUGUUUACUACAUGGCACUUUGUUAGCAGAAACACACUCAUCUCUUAGCAACAGAUUAACAACAAAUAUUGUUAUUGCUCAAAAAACAUAAGAUUUCUUCUGCUCUUUUGAAAUACUACUUACAUGCUACUUAACAAGAAUUGUGCAUUUGGGGAGUUUUGCAGAAAAGUGAAAAUGUUUAGUUUUUUUGUCAUUGGCGGUAAAUAUAUUAUAGACAUUCAACACAAAGUGAAAAUCAGAUGUAUAUUUUGUGUCACUUUGGUACCAGAAAAACGCUCUCAUCUCUUAGCAACAGAUUAAUAACAAAUAUUGUUAUCGUUCAAAAAACAUAAGAUUUCUUCUGCUCUUUUGAAUUUCUACUUAUCUUAUACUACUUAAUACUAACAAGAAUUGUGCAUUUGGUUAAUUUGGCAGAAAAGCUAAAAAUUAUAUAUUUUUUUUUGUCAUUGGUGGUAAAUACUUAGCAAAAAUGCAAAGCUUAAACAAUAGAAAAAUAUAUUGGGACUGGGAGGAUAUUUUUAAACCAAAGAAAAUAAAAAAAGAAAAAGAAAAAAAAGAAAAUUUAAAAAAAAGCACAGCUACUAAAUCCAAGCCCAACUAAAAUAACAGAUAAAUUGACAAGUUUAUCCGAGAUGAAACAAUUUUGUGAAUAUAUCGUUUUCCCACUAAUGACAGUCUCCAAACACAUUUCCGUCCUGCACACAGAGAUCAAACGGACUUAAAUGAUUCGUUAAAACAUACUUUGAGUGAUAUUCUGAUGAUCUGCUGCAGAGAAAAUUAACUUAAAGACUUUUACAAUAGCAAGCUUAGUAAUAACUCUUCACAAACAGUAAAAGAAACUCUUGUAAGAACUAUAAAAACAGCAUGACAGAUGUGGAGGCUGUUUGUGAAUGUAUUGGUAGCAUUCCUUCUCCUCAGCCAGCAGCUGGGUAGUCUUGUGAUCACAUUUAAAGAUUUCACCUGAAAAACAGCCACAUAAAAAAAAGCAUGAGACAUUAGGUAUUCCACUGGUUGCCUAGGCAACUGUUACCUCAGAGCCACUUCUUUGUAAGGAGUACCGUAACAGUGAUUUGAUUUAUGUGGUCUACACACUGCAGAGCAUCUCUGACUGUAUGUGAAGACACCUCGGGUCAAAAUCUCAUUGUAGAGCAUUCGGAGCUUUAAUUCUUGUUAAUUUGAGCUGAUUGUUAAAGUCAUCAUCCCACACUGGAGAAAGAACGUUUCUAAAAGUCCCACAAAUUAUUUUCAGAAUAAUCUUCUCA